GGGGCGGGUCUGAUGAUGUCACCUGGAAUGGGGGAUGGGAGGAAUUCAACGAAGCGACGGACUCCUGGGAAAGCUGCUUUUACACCUGUUGGAGUUGUCGCACUCCAAAAACAAAGGAUUUUAUGAGCUCGAGUUUAAGCAAGUAUAAGAAGAGUUUAGAUUUUUAAGGGUGAAGUAAAUAAAUAAAUAUAUUUCCUUAAUUAUCGAUGGUGAUGAACUAGUUUGUCACCACGGAGGCUUCCGCGUUGAAAUUGGAAAAAACCCGAAUGGGAAACAUGAUAUUGGUGCUGCUUGUCUUCAGUUUACUGCUGACAGAUGUUUGUCCGAUCCAGGUAGUGGUCCCUGAGACUGAGCGGAGCACCACCCUGUUUGCGUCGGUGAUCCUGCGCUGUGACUACUCCACGUCAGCCAACUCUCAGGAUGUGCUGGUCACCUGGAAGUACAAGUCCUUCUGCAAGGACCCCGUCCUGGACUACUACUCCACAGCCUACCAGGCAGCGCUACAGCUGGGUCAGGAUCCAGCCAAUGACUGCCCAGAUCGCCAGCGUACGGUCCGCACCGUGGUCCAGAAGAGGGGCACCGGCGAGGCCAUGCUGGGGGCAGAGUAUCGCCAGCGCAAGAUCAGCAUCCAGAACAAGGCCGACCUGGUCAUAAAUGAGGUGAUGUGGUGGGACAACGGAGUGUAUUUCUGCUCCAUCGAUGCGCCGGGCGACACGACGGGAGACUCGGACCGGGAGAUCAAACUGCUUGUUUAUCAUUGGCUGACGGUGCUGUUGAUCAUCUUCGGAGCUCUGGCUCUCAUCCUGCUGUUCUGCGUGUGCUGCUGCCAGUGCUGCCCUCAGAAGUGCUGCUGCUACGUCCGCUGCCCCUGCUGCCCCCAGACCUGCUGCUGCCCUGAGAAAGUGGUGAUGCAGCACAGGAUGAUCCGGGACGCCCAGAAGGCCAUGGCUCCCUGGAUGCACGGGCAGCCCAUCUAUGCUCCCAUUGGCUCCUACUCCUCCCAGGGACAACCAAUCCUCUAUUCAGGCUCCUUUUCUGACCACCCCUCCAAGCACGACUUUGCCAUGGGUCCGAUGGGACCCCCACCCCUCCCUCUCCUCCAGCACCAGCCCCCUCCUCAGGCCCCUCAUCACCGUAUCCAUAACAACGGCAGCAUGCACGGGGGCAACAACCAGAUGCUGGAUUUCCUGGAGAACCAGAUGAGGGGAAUGGAGAUGUCUGCUCCUCCCAUGCACCCCGUUGGACAGGCCUACCAGCCCUACCAGCCCUCCCAGGUCUACCAGCCCUUCCCCCAGAUCCAGCCCGGCCCACAGGGGGUCCCCUUCACGGCCGGCCCCCCCAGCAUGAUCUCUGCCCUGGAUGAGAUGGGGGUGAGGGGUGUGGAGAGAACGGUGAUCACUCUGCCCCCCAUAGUUCAACGUGGGCCCAGCUUAUCCUCUCGCAGGGGGGCGGGAGGAGGGGGAGGGACCAGGGGAGCACCCCGGAUCUCCAUCCAUUCCAGUGGAAGCUCCAACCGCACCAGUGGCGGCGGAAGUCGUUACCCUGACAACCGACGACAGCGUGACCUCUCCCCUCUGAGGCGUGGGAUCUUACGCAGCUACAGCGAUGAGUCGGACUGGGAGGACCGCCGAGAAGGGGGAGGGGCCAGGUGGGAUGGGCGGGGCUCGUCCGGGAGGAGGUCAGGGGGUGGUUCUGGCCCACGGUCCCGUAGUCGUGAUGACCUGAUGGACCAGCUGCGUCGCUCGGCACCGAGAAGAGACAGGAGCUAUUCCCCCCCUCCACGCAGGAAGGGAUCCUGGAGCUCCGAGGAGGAGGAAAGCCAGAGAGGAGGAGGAGGGGGGGGAGGAGGAAGGGGAACAAGAAGAGGAAGAGGAGGAGACGGCGCCAAGGGGAAGCCCUGGUCUGAGAACCCUCCGAGUUACUCCUCCAUCGAUGUUCAGCCGGGAGGAGGGAGGAGGAACUACGACCGUCUGUCUGACAAGAGCUCCCGUAGUGGCACCAGUGUGGUGAUCUGAAGAUGUUUCUACCCCAGGACAGGAGAAGGCAGAUGAUUGGCUCCCUCAAGAAAUGACCACACUGUGAAACAGUUUACCAGGUCACACCUCACACUAACACCUCAACAAAAUAAUUGAGUAAUUAUAGUAUUGUGCAUGUGCACUAUAUAUAGAUAUAUAUAUCUAUAUAUAUUCCUAUAGCACAUAUGUGCUCUAAAACAGGACUAGACAGUAAAAGUAGUUAUUAGAUAAAAGUAAAGAAGGAGAAGAUCAUAGCUGAUACUAAAUUAUCAGCAGUACUAGCAGAUACUAUCUGAUGUGUUUUCUUUUUAUGUUGUCUGAAUUAACUUGAAUCACGUGCUGGAUGUUGUUUUUACGGUUGUUAUGGUUUUAUGUCCACGUUUUUCAAGUGUUGUACCUGCUGUCUGGUGUGUUUCUGGUGGUGGGGUUAGGUUAACAUGGGUCCAAUCUCUGCUCUUUGUUGAUUUUUAAGAGACGUGUAGAAUUUUUUGUCUUGUUUUUUUAACACCUUUACUAAUUUCUAACUAUGAAAGUACAAUUUUUUUGUGAAUAUUUCAACUUCAAUCCUGACACAAAGGUUGUCGGAGCGAUUUAUGAUGAAGGAUGCCUUCGUUUGACCAAGUGCACUGUGUGUGAGUGUGUAUGUGCCUACUCCAUCUUUUGACAGUAUAUUUUAAAUACUUUUUAAUGAUGAAUUCCAUAUCUCCUAGCCUGGCUGCCAGCCCAACUUAGCCCCGCCCACAAGAAAAAUUGGUCAGGAAGUUGGGUCUGGAGUAGCU